AUGUCCUCGCCUGAUGAAUACGCCAGCGCGUCUGGUGGCGGUAGCGGUAGCUCUGCCUCCCAAGCCCUCGAGGAAACGAUCCAGACGAACGCCAUCCGCCGGCUGUUCUGGAGCUACCAGCUGAACCCGUCCAAGGUAUGCACGGUCGCGGGCACGCUCGUGGCGCAGAUGAGCCCGAAACUCGACUUCAAAGCCAUCAGCAAGAUCGUGUGCUUCAACCUCGGGCCGUUCGCGACGGGAGGCCUAAAGGAGGGCGACGCCGGCUGGCCGCUGGACCUGAAGCCCAUCCACCGCGAGUCGCACGACAUGAAGCUGGCGCGGUACCACGACGCGCUGACCCGCGACGCGUGCCGCAUCCUCGCUACGGUGGGCGACGCCGCCGCGGCGCUGCAGGCCAUCUACCGGCACAACGAAGUGGUGGAGCUGGCGUGCUCCGACACGGCGAGCGACGAUGGGCUGCGGCACGCGCGGUACAACGUCAACCGCGUGCACGUGCACUUCUGCGACGCGCGGUACGGGGCGCCGGAGCUGGCCAUGCUCGAGGGCCGGAUCCCGCUGCGGCGGCCCGAGACGCACGCGCACCGGCCGCCCGUGUACGACCUGUCCGCGUCCGUCGAGGUCCUGGAAGGCGUCCGCCGCAUCGACCGGCACACGGUCGUGUACGUGGCGGAGCCUGGGGCGGCGCUGCUGAGCCUGGCGGCACUGCUGGGCAUGCCCGAGGCCAUGAAGCCGGCGGCGCUCGUGUGGAAUGCCGUGGAUAGCGCCGACCACGAGGCGCAUGGGUACGUCAAGAUGCCGGGCCGCCCCCCGGUGGGAGACGGCGUCCAGACGACCGACGACCGGCUCGCCCAGUAUGUUCCGAAUGCGUCGGUGCUGUACGUCCGGGCCGACGUGCUCGCGGCUUGA